UGUUCAGCGAACAGGAGCAAACCGAAGGUUCUUCCCGCUCAACAGAUACAACCCAACCGGUUCAUGGUGGUGGCAACUCGGCAUCUGUCGACCAGGUUUUUUCAAUGUUUAAAGAUUACCUGGAGAAGAAAUUGGAGGUUAAAACCAAGCAGAUCGAGCAAAAUAGACAAAGAAGUCGUGCAAUUGAAAUACAAGGGCAACCAGAAGCAGUACGAGCUCAAUGCAAAAUUGGAUUCCAUCAUUGAAAGCAUAGAAACCGAGUCAGAGCGCGGCGAACCAAAUUUACCGCUGAUUAAGAAGUAUUCUCAAGAGGCCAGGGAGCUUAUUCGCAAACGGCAAAAGCGAAUAAAAAUUGCCGACAAGAGCAAGGACGGUUGGCAAGUUGUGGCAGAGUACGAAUCCGAUGAGUUGGUGUCCGACUCCGAAGAUGAGAAACGGCUCAAAAAGGCUAGAGAAACGGCGAGUCGAAAGAGACGACAAAAGGACCGA